UAACCAUACAAUGUCUACAUCUGUUGUGGAGGAACCAUCUGCCGCUGAGUUUAAGGUUGUUGAGAACGGCACAAUACGUGGCAAGCCCAAACUGGUCUCAACAGAUGGUUACUCUUACAUAAUCAAGAAACGCACUGCAAGAAGUGUACAGUGGCGUUGUAGUGUAAGAAACAAGUCAGUGCAGUGCUUUUCUACUGUUCUCCAGCAGGGUGAUAUUUUUACGAGGGGACCAAAGCAGCACAAUCAUCCGGCUAUUGCCUACUUAUCGCAGACAGUGGAGAUUAAACGUGAUAUAUUAUAUGAACGGGGAACAGUACACACUCUCAUAAGCAAGCUGCUAGCCUUGCCGUUCUUACCAGGUGACCAGAUCAAGAGAGCUUUCACCAAACUGAAAGAGAGAGCAGACACAAGCAGUAAACCAGUGGCUGAUCUUUUUACAUAUGUCAAUGACCAAUGGAUGGAGAAUUCUUGUUGGUCCCCAGAAGAGUUGUCUGUGUACAAGCAAACCGUUAGAACAAACAACGAUACUGAAGGUUACCACAGAGGACUGAACCACAAAGCUGGCCGGGGGAAACUCGCCUUCUAUGUGCUAAUACCAAUCCUUCAUCAAGAGGCUAAGAUGGUAGACUACACAGUGAACCUGGUAGCACAGGAGAUCAUAUGCCGUAUUCGAAGAGCUGUCUAUCAGUCACUAGACAAAAGAAUAUCGGAACUAUGGGAGGACUAUGACAAUCAUGAAUUGAGGACCGAGGAAUUCUUGGAGAAAGUGGGUGAAAUCUAUGGACGGUUAUGAAAUUGUGGUUUUUCGAACCAGUAACAGAUACUGGAAAUAUGUGCUAAAUAUGUGCUAAAAGUUCUGGUGCUAACAGGAUAUCCAGUGUUUAACACUGUUGCAAAAUAGAAAAUGUCUGUGAAGGUCUUCUCUGACUGAAACUGUAAAUAAAUAUAUAUGUACAUGUACAUGUGUGUGUUCUCUCAAUGUUAUGUUUCAAUGAUAUAAUAUAUAUAAGUGUGUUUGUCAGCUGUAAAUUGUUGUUCAUGUUAAAUGUUUUAUUCCAUGUUAAAUGUAAAUGAGUUAAAUAAAUUUUUAAUGUUUUUUUUUUAUUUUGCCCUUAGAAAUGUCUUGUAAAUUGUCCUUUAAUCAAAUAAUACUAAAAAAUAAUAAAAAUAAACAUAUCAAGGCAUUAUGUUGUUGACUUAUUUACUUUAUAUAAAAAAAAAUGGAUGAGGGGUGAAGUGUCUUAGGGUAUUUUGGGGGGUGAAGUGUCUUGAGGGGUGAAGUGUCUUCAAAAUUUGAGGG